AGACGAGACGAGAUGAGGCGAGGCGAAUGCUCGCGCGAGGCGAGAGUGGCGCAAUGGUAGCUGUUGGUAAUGUAACUGGUGCUUGUUGCGGUAGCUCUGGCAAAAAUUACGAAUAAAGGGCGUGUAAGAUGCACCAGUGCCGAGGCACUCGGACUCUCGGCACGGCCUCGGCCUCGGACACGGACACGGAGACGCUGCCAGCGAUGACGAGCGUGUGGUGCGCGAGGCGCAGCGCCAAGGUACAAUCCAGAGUGGCUGCUUAGCUGUCGUCGUCGUCGUCGUCGUCGUCGUCGUCGUCGUCGUCAUCGCUGUCGCUGUCGCUGUCGUAUCGUGCAUCGAGCUGCUAAUGUUAGACGGAGAUGUCCGCACUCUGAGAAACAGACGACCCUGCCAAGCUUUAGUGACUCUUGACGAUGCUAUUUGGAAGUGACACGAAAUCUUCGUGGCGCGUCUUCUAAGUAGUGCUUUAGCGCGUGUGCGUGCGUGUAUGUGUGUGUGUACGUGUGUGUGUAUGUGUGGUACUCGAGCACGGUGAGAUGUUCGCCUCGCCGGCGUCGGUGGUGGGCGAGCCAUCGGGCUACGAUUUUCAGAAAGAGGAGAAUGCUGCCAAGUGGAAGGGAGUAUUUGUCAACUCCUUGCGCAAGGUACUAGAGCAAGUACAUCCUAGUCUCCAAGCUCGACAAGAUGCCUUAGACUAUGUGGAGAGCUUAAUCUUAAGAAUGUUGGCCAUGCUUUGCGGACACCCACCUCCUCACACCCAUCAGGAUGUAGAAGAAAGAGUGAGACGCACGUUUCCUACUCCUAUUGAUAAAUGGGCACUUCGCGAUGCCAAAGAUGCACUGGAAAAGGGGAAGAAAAAGUCACCGUUAGUUCUACCAGUUGACAAGAUUCAUCAGUUAUUACAAAAAGAAGUAUUACAGCACAAAAUCGAUUCGCAAGUUAGUCUAUUCGUAGUCGGAGUUUUGGAAUAUAUUUCUGCAGAUAUUCUGAAGCUAGCUGGAAAUUAUGUGAAGAAUAUUCGACAUGUCGAGAUUUCGUGCGAGGACAUACGGGUCGCGAUGUACGCAGAUAUGGUACUGAUGGACAUGUUCUAUCGAGAUGAUUGUACGGAAGGUCCGCAAAGUAGCUUGGGCGCGGUCGUUUCGCAGACUUACGAAGAAUUUGCUCGAGAUCUCAUUCACGAUGAACGUCAUUACAUUCGUGAUCUGCACAUGAUCAUCAAGGUAUUUCGCAAAGAGAUCGCAAAGUUGACGCAAGAUAAGAGCGACCUCGAAACAAUCUUCAGUAAUAUUAUAGAUAUUUAUGAAGUCACUGUGACACUGCUCGGCAGUUUAGAAGAUAUAAUGGAAAUUACGGAAGAGCAGCAAACACCUACAGUCGGCUCGUGCUUUGAGGAAUUAGCAGAAGCAGCGGAAUUCGACGUUUACAUAAAGUAUGCGAGAGACAUUAAUAGUCCCGCUAGUCGAGAGGUUUUAGCGAAUUUAUUGUCACGACCAGAAGUUAAUGCGUCUCUACGAGGAGCAGGCCACGGUUUUAGAGAAGCCGUGAAAUAUUAUUUACCAAAACUUUUGUUGCAACCCGUGUGGCAUUGUUUCCUGUAUUUUGAUUACAUCAAGGUUCUACACAAACGCACACCUAACAUAGAGGAUGGCGAGACUCUGGAACAGGUACAAGGUUUAUUGAGACCGCUGCAAAUGGAACUACUGCAGUCUGUGGCGAGUUUACCGAAGAAGGACAUGGGUUUGCGAAUGCAGAGUAGAGCGAGGAAGCAGGCGGCGUUAGAAAAGAUUAGCGAACUACAAAAGACUGUGGAUGGCUGGAAUCAGAGGGGAAUCGGGCAGUGUUGUAAUGAGUUCAUUAGAGAGGACACAUUGACGAAAGUAGCUGGCAAUGGACGAAGAAUAACCGAGAGGAAGGCCUUGUUAUUCGACGGCGUGUUAGCGUUGUGUAAACAGAGCGGUAGCAAAAGAGUCAGUGUCACUGUUGGUGCGGUCGGAGUAGGGCAUCCGGCGCACCAAGGAGAACUGCGAUUGAAGGAAACUCUUUUCAUGAGGAAGGUGUCCAUCAUCGAUAGGGAAGACACCGAAGAGAUGAAGUUCGCCUUUGAAAUUUCACCGAGGGACCAGCCGAGCGUUAUUCUCAUAGCAAAGACCGUCGAGGAGAAGAACAACUGGAUGGCGGACUUGGUAAUGUUGAAUACGAAAAGCAUGCUGGAAAGAACGCUGGACAAUAUUCUCUCGGAUGAGGAGUUGAAGCAUCCGUUGAAAUUGCCGCCUGUCCAUCUGUACAAAUUCGCCGAGCAGGACAGCGACGAAAACAUCGUUUUAGAAGCCAGGGAGAAUGGUGGAGUUCCUUUGAUCAAAGGAGCGACUUUAGUUAAAUUAGUUGAAAGACUAACCUAUCAUAUCUACGCCGAUCCUGCGUUCCUGAAAACAUUCCUCACUACUUACAGGAGUUUCUGUUCGCCCCAGGAGUUAUUUACGUUGCUUAUGGAGAGAUUUGAUAUUCCUGAUCCUUUGUUGGUAUACGGUGAAGAGGCGCCUACGGGUUGCAAGACAACAGUUAGGGAAGACUGGAAGAAAUACAGAAAAGAAUUUUGCCAACCGGUGCAGUUUCGAAUUUUGAACGUUCUCAGGCAUUGGGUGGAUCAUCAUUUUUACGAUUUCGAACGUGACAGGAAUCUUCUGGAAAGAUUACAAUCGUUUUUAGAUACAGUAAGUGGCAAGCCUAUGCGGAAGUGGGUUGACUCGGUAGUAAAGAUUUUACAGCGAAAAAGCGACUCGUCGGAACGACCUAUCACCUUUAGCUUCGAGCGAUCUCCACCGCCAAUCGAGUGGCAUCUUAGGGUUCCCGAAGAAGACUGGAAUAUACUUACGUUACAUCCUAUCGAAUUAGCGAGACAAUUGACGCUCUUGGAGUUCGAGCUGUACAGGACAGUGAAGCCUUCCGAAUUAGUCGGUUCCGUGUGGACGAAGAAAGACAAAGAGAAGACGUCGUCGAAUUUGCUGAAAAUGAUCAAGCAUACGACAAAUUUUACAAGAUGGCUGGAAAAGACAAUAGUGGAGGCCGACAAUCUUGAAGAAAGAGUGGCCAUUGUAUCACGUGCAAUCGAAAUAAUGAUGGUGCUGCAAGAUCUCAACAACUUCAACGGCGUUCUAGCGAUCGUUAGCGCUAUGGGAUCAGCUUCGGUGUUUAGGCUAAAAUUUACGUUCCAACAAAUACCAGCGCGAUUAGAAAAGGCGUUGGAAGAAGCGCGAGAGCUUAAUAACGAUCACUUUCGGAAGUAUCAAGAGAAAUUGAGAUCCAUCAAUCCGCCUUGCGUACCAUUUUUUGGUAUGUACUUGACUAAUAUCCUGCACAUUGAGGAGGGGAAUCCCGACUACCUACCGGGAAGUCCAGAGCUUAUUAAUUUCAGCAAACGACGGAAAGUGGCGGAAAUAACCGGUGAAAUUGAGCAGUACCAAAAUCAGCCCUAUUGCCUCUCGAUGGAGCCGAAAAUCAGACACUUCAUUGAGAAUCUGUGUCCCUUCGAUCCCUCGAUGAAGGACGAGGAUAUAAACAAUUACCUGUACAACAAGAGUUUAGAAGUAGAGCCAAGGGGAUGCAGACAACCUCCGCGAAUGCCGCGCAAAUGGCCGGACUUGAACCUAAAGUCGCCAGGAAUCAAGGCUAGAAGUCUGAGCGGAAAGUUACCGGCCCCGUUACAAGCGAUGGCGUCUAGCGUAAGGUUACACGACCCUCCGACGGAAGCGCCUCCCCCUCCCGAAUUACCAGAAACACCGCCGCACGCGUCGCAAGUCGUGACUUCGCACACAGGGGACCACAAUGUUUUUGCGCCCGUCUUGGGACCUGGACUACCUCCGGGAUCACCGGGUCCACCUAGCAUGUUCGGGCUCGCGAUCGCUUCGCCGGGCAGUAGCCCUCAGUUGGGGUCUCCUAAACACUUCGGCUUCAACUCUGGUACGAUGGUGGGUGUUUCACCGUCGUCGGGCGGGAGCCCCAGCGCGAUGCCGACGCCGCCGUCGCCAAGUAACGUACCGCCUAACCAACUUCCACCGCCACUACCGCCCAGACUACCGUCUAGGAGACGGGAGAGUUCAAUUAGCGAAUCGCCGCAGCAGGUGAGACAAGCGCCGAACGCGCCGAUCCUCCCACCGCGGGACAUCUCGCCGCCGCCGUUACCACCGCGAACCACCACGUUACCGCCGCGGCUUCAGCCGACGCUGAACCCGUGCACCUCGGCGUUGUUGGCGCGCCGCAAUUCCACGUUGGAGAGCACGGGUUGCACUGUCGUUCACCCGCGGAGACACAUGUCUUUCAAUGGCCCUAGCCCCACGAAACUUCAACCGACACAGCCUAACGGAUCAGUGACACCGAGGUUACCGCCCAAGCCUUUACCGGGACGUCCGCCAACCACCAUGUUUAAUUUCAACGCCCCUCCCGGACCUAGUUAAGCGUCAUCUCUCCGGCGGUUCUCUUCUUUCUUUCUUUUCCUCUUUUUUCUUUUUUUUUUUACCUUGUCGAUGAGAAGAAUACUAUCAGCCGAAGCGCUUAGUCCACGCGAUGAGUUGAGUUCGAAGUUUUCUUACCGCACGAAUUAGUAGGAAGAACGUGUGUCCCAAUAGAUCGCCUCGAUGGAUCCACAAAUAUAGUGUAUUAAUGUACAUUUAUAGCGGCAUUUUGAUAAACGUCAAGUGUGACGGGAGAGUGGCCGUCGCGCAUCAAAAUUCGUGACCUCCGCAUGCGGGACGCGACGGUCACCAACGCGCGUGUUUAUAAUAUCAAGAGUGAGUACGGAGUAUGGAACGCGAUAUAUGUGUCGAGCGAUCCAUUCGAUAAAUUUUCUUUCAAGGGAUAUACUUGACCGUUCACUGUUUGUGGCUAGCGGUAGUCUGUGUCCGUUGUUUUUAUGAACUUAUUGAAUGGACUACGCACAGUUUCAGUUACCUGAAUGGCGCUUCCUUCCUUCUUCCUCCCUAAAAAAAACCCCUGUCUCUCCCCUCAAACACAACUGUGAUAUAGUUUGGACAUAGAAAUGUUAAUGUAACUAGAGACGCUUAGGUUUUAAAAGAAAUGGCAAGUAUAAGGGAAGCGAUGUACCAUGAAUGAAAUAAAAGUACACGUUAAGCAGAAUCAAUACCAAGAAAGGAAUAUAAAUAAGUAUUUGCAUAUAGAGUAAAUACACAUGUAUAUUAUUAUAAAUAUAUUCUAUAAUAACAAUUGUAAUAUCUCGAGGAAAAGAAAUAUGGCAUUAUGUAAAAUAAAAAAAUAUAUUGUGUAACAUUUGGUAGAGUACCUUCUUCUUCCUUCGCCUCGUAUCUGUUGUGUGUUUCACGUCUCGCGCGCGUGCGAGUAAAAAAUUAUGAAUUGCGGAUGAUUCCUCCCUCUGUUUUUCUUUUUCUAUCCAAAAACAUCAGAGACGUUUGGAUUUAUGUCGUCAUGAUUAUCUUCGCGUACCGGGCAAUCCAGCUUCGUGAACGGGAAAAGAAUGUACACGACAGAACGG